CGUUGGAGCUUAGCGCCCCUGUCUGGUAUCCAUCUCGGUCGGCACCUAUGCUACUGCAACUGUGAGAUAAGAACUACGCCGGUAUCGACAUGUAAAGAGUCCCCUCAAUUCGAUCUGCUAUCACUCCGAACCGCUGUCAACAAGUUCUCACAUUGUCAUGUCGAUUUUCAAUGGCGUCGCGCUCGUGACUGGGGCUGCCUCAGGUAUUGGACGUGAGACAGCUCUAUCCUUUGCACGGGAGGGAUGUAAGAAAAUCGUUAUAGUCGACCGCGAUGCCGACAAACUCGGCGAUACAGAAGUCACCAUUAAAGAAACCUUCCAGGGUGUUCAGGUCCUGGCUGUACCGACAGACAUCUCCAAGGAGGAGGACAUUGAAAACCUCUACAGCGAAACCAUCAAAGCAUUGGGUAGAGUAGACUAUGUUGUCAAUGGUGCUGGCGUGUUGAGUAAUAACAAGAGGUCUCAUGAGUCUUCAAUUGAAGAAUUUGAUGUGAUCAACAAUGUCAACUAUCGGGGAUGUUGGCUAUCAUCUCGCGCUGCCAUCAAAUGUAUGCUCAAGCAAGACCCUCUGCCUACUCAUGACGGAAGACCUGGAGCUCGAGGAAGCAUCGUCAACAUAGCCUCACAAUUGGGAGUGGUUGGUCGCCCAGCAGCACCGGCCUAUUGCGGAAGCAAAGCAGCCGUGAUUAGCAUGACAAGAUGCGAUGCUAUAGAUUACUCCAAGGAUCUCAUCCGAGUAAACGCUGUUUGUCCUGGUCUUAUCGACACAGCGAUGACCCGGCCUCAAGCUGAUGUCUUGAGUCCCGCCAUCAACAUCGCUCCGAUGGGACGCAUGGGCAGUCCUCAGGAAGUUGCUGAUUGCAUAUUGUUUCUUGCAAGCAGUAAAGCUAGUUUUGUGCAGGGAGCUGCGAUGAUGGUUGACGGUGGAUACGUCAUUAAUUAGUUGUAGCUGUCGCUGUAAUGGAGUUCUCUUCCACUGAGGUUCAAUCAUAGGGCUCAACAGGGAAGCAGUAUCUCAACCAAUCAGAAAUCGUUCGGGCGAAUGGUUUAGUGGUAUAA